AUGCCCACUUUGACCGGAAGCUGCAAAGAUCCUGCACAAUGUCAGCUGUCCCCAGAAAUCUCAAACGCCUUACAGAGGUUUUCGAUCCCCCACACCUGCAGGUUUGCUGAAGCUAAGCGCCAGCUGGUCGAUAAGAUAAUUGACGACGUUUUGGAUAAAAGAGCUUCGAGCAUCGCGGCGGUACUGCAGCAGGAGUUUCUGAAAUGGGAAGACGAGACCAAGGAAAAUGGAAAGAGAUCGGGUUAAAGAUGGGAUGAAGUGUCGUCGUCUCAAUCCAAACACCACACGUGCGAUAUCCAGUGCCGAAGAUCUCCAAGGGUGUCAUCAGAAUUUUUUUUCUUUUUUUGGCGGAGACGCGCGAGUUUGACAGACUACAGAG